GUGUGACGCCACCCUCCAGCAUUAAAAUGGACAGGUUGCAUCCUUGCACCUUUUUCACUUUGCCUCAUUCUAACUGUCAUCGAGCUCGUGAUAGCCCCCUCUCCAAAAAAAAGUGGCACAACGAUCCAGGAACCGUCUCAUCAUCAAAUAGCAACGAGCUUGUGGAAAAAAUGGACCGGACUACCCUAUUCAGAGGUUGGUGAAGAGAAGGGAAAAGAAAAAAAGACGAAGAAGUGAACGUCGUGGGAGGGCGGGCCACCUGUGACGGCAAAUGAGUGGAGAAGAACCUCGAGUCAGUCCCACUGUUAGUAUUGUGUGUCGUUCAGUGGGUGUUUGGGAGUGUGUUUCGGCGUUUAAAGUCCACUUGGAUUAUCUUUAGCUCAAGGAAACUUACCGAUAUCUUUCUCUUGGAUUCUCUUGAUUCAGGUUCCUUCAGUCCUCUCUACAGCACAGUGAAGGAAGUUGCCUGCUUGCCUUCCAAUGCCAGUGAGUGUUUGUGUAAAUCGUAGGGUGAAUAUGUUUGUGUGAGUGCCUUCUGGUCGGAGAGUGUGUGUCCCAUGAGACGCUCUGCGGAGAUGCAGGGAGCGAGAUCCUCUGCGGUGCUGCUGCUGCUGCUGCUGCUGCUGAGCUGCUGGGUGUGUGCAACAGCCGGCUACCCAUUCAGAACACCGCUGGACCUGGAUGUGACUCCACGCGUCACCGUGUUGAGCAGUGGUCUCCAGGGCUGCAGACGUUUCCAAUCCUCUGCAGUCCACUACAGCACCAUGUUCCUGGAGGCUGACAGUGAGCGUCUCUACGUCGGGGCCCGGGGGGCUGUAUUCGCGCUCAAUGCCUCUGACAUUUCAGUCAGCUCUGUUCUCACUAUUGAGUGGGAAGCCUCUCCCGAGCAAAAGCUACAGUGUCUGCUCAAGGGAAAAGACAAUAAGACGGAGUGUUUUAAUCACAUCCGAUUCCUCCAGACGUUCAACUCGACUCAUCUCUACAUGUGUGGGACUCAUGCCUUCAGUCCCCUCUGUGCAUACAUAGAGAAGGAGAGGUUUGUGAUGUCAUCUCAGCCUGAAGAAGGCAAAGACAAAUGUCCCUACGGCCCGACAACAGGCUACACUGCCCUCAUCAUCGACCAGCAGAUGUAUACAGCUUCCCAGUAUGAGUUCAGGAGCUUUCCAGAUAUCCGCCGCAACUCUCCAUCUCCCACACUAAAGACAGAAGAUGCUCCCACACGUUGGCUGAAUGAGGCAAACUUUGUGGGCUCGACAUUGGUGAGGGAGAGUUUGGGCAGCAGCACCGGUGAUGAUGACAAGAUCUACUACUUCUUCACCGAGAGGAGCCAGGAGCAGACCACAACCAACAGCCAUAACCGGGUGGCCCGAGUGGCGCGCGUUUGUAAGGGGGACCGGGGAGGCCGUUUAACUCUCCAGAAACGGUGGACGUCCUUCCUCAAGGCCAGGCUGACGUGUUCUCUGCCCGAGUACGACUUCCACUUCAACAUGCUGCGCAGCGUGUUUGUCAUGCCUGGCCUCACGCCGCAGGACACGCUCUUCUACGGCAUCUUCGGCCUCGAGUGGAAAAACGUGAAGGCAUCUGCAGUGUGUCGUUUCUCCCUGUCUGAAGUCCAAGAGGCCUUUCAAGGACCCUACAUGGAGAACCAGGACUCUGGCUUUAAGUGGAAAGAAUACACUGGAAAGAUCCCUGACCCACGACCUGGAACGUGUAUAACAGACGCUCUGAGGGACAAGGGAAUAAACUUCUCCACCUCUCUGCCUGAUGAUGUGCUGAAUUUUGUCAGGAGGCAUCCUCUGAUGUCCCAGCAGGUCCAACCUUCAGACAGACGUCCCCUUUUGUUUAGGCGGUCUACAGACUACACACACAUGGCCGUGCACAUGAUCCAAGGCUUGGAUGGAAAAACAUACCAUGUAUUGUACAUGGGCACAGAUGAAGGCUGGUUACAUAAAGCUGUAGAAAUUGAGGGUCAGCUUCACAUUAUCGAGGAGGUUCAACUGUUUGAGGAACCCCAACCUGUUAACAACCUGCUGCUAUCUGCAAAACAGAUGAGUGUGUACGUGGGCUCUCCAUCAGGCGUGGUGCAGCUUCCCCUCUCUAACUGUCGUAGAUACGCCUCCUGCUACGACUGUGUCUUUGCCAGGGACCCUCACUGUGCCUGGAACGGAGCCCAGUGUGUAGACAUAAUGGCACAAGCAGACAGAUCCACUUUAAUCCAGGACAUCCAGCAGGGGAGCAAAGGAUGUGAAAAUACACAAAAUGAAAUUGUGGUGCGGAGCCGUUCUGUGCGGGUGGGUGACGACGUGCUGCUGCAGUGUGAGCUCAGCUCCAACCUGGCGACGCCCCUCUGGACUCGGGAUGGCAGCGAGCUGCAGGGCUACGGUCUCAACUCUGGCUUCAGAACCGGCACAGACGGCCUGCUGAUCAUCGAGGCCCGGCAGGACCAGAGCGGGCUGUACACCUGCUACGCUGUUGAGAACAAUAUCAAGGUUGCCAUAGUUAGCUACAACAUCAGCAUCCGCCUGGACCUGCCCCCUCCCCCACCUGUUGAGCCAACGGAAGACCAUUCCAGUUUCUUUGCCACCCUGCCAGCACCCACUGAGCGUCCGUCCCCUGAGAGGCCCCUGCCACCACCCCCGGCCCCUCACCUCCCCCACUCAGAGCUGCUCUCCCCCAGGAACAUGGAGGCCAUGUAUCUGUCCCUCAUCACCAUCCUCGGAGGCCUGUGUGUGGUCCUCACUGUGGUCCUUGUCUAUGUGGGUGUCUGCCUGCGAGUGGGCAACAGAGGGAAGUACUCCAUACGAGCCGCAGCUUCUGCCUACCCGAACAGUAAGAGGCCCAACAAGCACAGAAAACGGCACAGAAACUCCUCCCACAUGGAGCUGAAGACCAUCUCAAGCCACUGUAACGGCAACGGUAUUUGUAAUGGAGUUUCAAAGCAGCACAACGGCGACAUCCAGGACGGAGGCUUCCUCCAGAUCGUCCCCGGUGAGGGUCACCCAUCAUCCAAUAAGGAGACUCCUCCCCCAGCCCCUCCUCUCCCACCAACCCCGCAACAUCCCUCUCCAGAGUGUGACUUCCCCAACGGGCUGUCGGCCACGCUGCCCAGUGUCCUGAGGAGGAUGAACGGCAACAGCUACGUGCUGCUGAGGCAGAGCGAGUCUGAAAGCACGUCACCACUCUGCUACUCCUUUGCCGAGGAGCUCAACAGGAUCUUAGAGAAGAGGAAGCACACUCAGCUGCUGCCCAGGCCGGACGAGAGCUCCGUGUAGAGAGAUGUAGCUCCCCCUGUGGUGGGAGGACUACUGUGUUCUUACCUGGUACUGAAGUGCCUGUCAUGACACUCAUUGGACGACUAAAGCAAUGAGAGAGUCUACUACUACAUUCUUUACUUUGGAUUUUUUUUACAAGUCCACAGACAUUCCUGUUUUGUUUUUUUUAACCUUUUUGAGCUGCUUUGUCGACCUAAAUUCCCAAUUUGCCCAAUGCAUAACGUGAGAAUGAGAAAUGCCAGUGAAGGGCCGAGCAUGAAGUGGAAAGCAAGUGCAAUCUACCUCACCUAAAUCAUGCCCAGUCAGUUUAAUAUGAUCCGAGUAUUAGGGCUUAGAUCUCAGCCACACAAAGAUCUCUGAUCGCUGACAAAGCACAAAGCGGGACACACAGACUCCACCGUGGAGCCCCAUGGGAAUAUAAAUACACGUGAAGGCUUCUGCUGUGUGGCGGCCAUAUUUGGCUCGAUUUAAUUUGGAGGGCAGCUAGCCAAAGUUUGUUUGCACUAACAAGUGCACAGAUGGCCUAUGCAUUUUUAAAACAUGACAUUCACACUUUAUACAUUUUAAAGGGGGGCUUGACGUGGUGAGCGAGGGAGUUUGGUUUGCAAUGUUUUCACUUUAAAUACUGACUUAAUCAAUUGCAAUAACCAACAAACAACAACAAACCGUAACAGCACAUAAUACAUUACACCAGCCAUCAUUAAGAAAUGGUGAACUAAUCAUUAUUUAAUAUUAUUAUUAACCAUUAUUUGGCGUUAAGUAAUUGAAAAUGUAUUAAUUUAUUUCAUUGUUUUAUAUGAAUCAUUAAUGACAUAAUGUACCUUAUUUAAUUAUUAAUGAAUGACUAUUUUAAUAAUUCAAAUAGCCAUUUACAUGUGUUAAAAAUGGUAAGAAAUUAAAUCAAUAACUUUUGACUGCCGCCAUUUGUUGGUACUUACCCGAUAUGCAGGUAAACUUUUAACUACUGUUAGAAUAUUUGCAAACACAAAUAUGCAUAACUGUACUUUACAGCUGCAGCUGAGGCUCACAGUUCAUCAUAAAUGGUUUUAAAGGGUGAAGCCUUAUUUUGGCCUCAUUUUAAAGUAUAAGUCAUGUCUGCACUAACAAGUGAAACAUACAUUUACAUAAACAUUAUAUGGGUCCAUAAUUCACAAGCUAUUGAAGAAUAAACAAGGAAAUAAUGUUAUUUAACCUUUACAUAAUUUAAAGAAUAUUAAAUAAUGAUUAUUUCACCAAGUGUUAAUAGACAACCCGAAGAAAAUAUGACCGUAUUAUCGAUUUUAAUGCACGUUUUUAAAGCGCUUCGAGAAAGGUAAAAGACACUAUUAUGGAAUCUGACUCUGCAACCUGUCAACAACCAGCAGGCUGGAGGAGCUUUUUGAUUGGUCGUUUCUCAGUAUGAAGAGCUGCAGCAGUGAAGGCUACAGCUUUGUCUGCUGGACCUUGUUUGACACGAGUGGUUUAGAAGGAAAACACUGACUGUGUCUCAGCUGAGCCUCAAUCCACCGCUGAGUAACACCCUGCAAUAGACUUUAACGCAGAAUGACAGACUAUGGGGCUCAGCGUUUGCCAAAAAUAUCCAAGUGUCCUCUUGCUGCUUCCGCCUGUUGAUCUUCUAUCAGAGGGCAGCAUUAAUUAAACACUCGUCUGACCUUAUUGCUGAAGGAGGGAGAGAAGAGACAGAGUCUGAUGUGCAUAGGUCAGUUUGAGUUUCUCUUAAUUUCAUUCUCGAGGACACCGUGUCUCCACUAGCGUCGGGUGGCAGGACCCGCUGCAGAUGUUCUUUUAAUGAGCAGUGAAAUGACAUUCAGCAUCAUUAGUGGACAGCUGAGCCAGAAGAGAAAGAGAAGCUGAAUAAGGGCUUCAGCAUGAGAGUCUCUGAACCUCCAGCUCUGCUUCCCCACAACUGGAAUGAAAAUUGUUGGCUGCAGUGUCUUAUCGAGCAACGGUUGUUCUUCAGACAGCAGCUCUUUGUGUGCAGAGAGCAUCCUCUCCUCUGUUUGAUGCAAACUUUGUAGACCAAACUCGACAUAUAACGGUUUUAUUCUCACACUUGCUGCAUGAAUUAUAUUUUGACACUGCUGUUUUUUCUUUAAGUCUAAGAAACUACAAGGACUCAUCUUAAUAUUAAUGAAAAGUGCCAUGGGUGGAUGUUUUUAUAAAAACGUUGAGUCUAUUUUAUUGCAAAACCAGAAAAAAAGAUAAAAAAAAAAAAAAAAAAAAAAAAAAAAGAAAGGAAGGAAGAAAACUAUUUAUUUUGUAAUUUUGUACAUUCUCUUUUGGAAGUUAAUGUCAUUGUUGCUGUUUAAGUGCUACUUGUGAGACACCCUCGUGACAAGGGGGUCACAAGUCGCCUGUGUUGCACAAAACGUAAUAAAUAGAAGCACGGUAGCCAAAAGCAUGCAGAGGCUUUACCAGCACCACAUAAUUUAAUAUGUAUAACCUACUAAUAGGAGGAAAAAUACACCAAUGUACGUAUUCACUCUAACCUAUUAAUUAGGGAUCAUUCAGUUUAUCUGUCACUGUAAUGGCCACUUAUGAGUUUUGAUCUCCAUUUGCAUGUCCAUUUGUGCACACAGCUAAUUCUUUUACUAAACUGACACAAAGAAUAACCGUGGGUUUUAUCACAUUUCAGUCAUAAAGAGUUAAAAUAAAACUUUGUACUUCAA